UUUUGGACCAUCAAAGAAUCCCAAGCAAAGAAAAAAAAAAACCAUAAAGAAAACCAUACAAAAAUGCCCGAAACAAUGAAAGCAGUCGACGUCCGCGGCGGCGCCGGUCCCGCAUCCGCCCUGUUCAUCAACGCCGAGACGGCCCGGCCGACCCCGGGCGCGGGGCAAGUCCUGGUCAAAGUAUCAGCGUUUGGGCUGAACCGGAUGGACCUCCUGCAGCGCGAGGGCAAGUACCCGCUGCCUCCGCAGGCGCCCAAGACGCUCGGGGUCGAGUUCAGCGGCGUGAUAGAAGCCCUGGGCGACUUCUCCUCUGCUUCGUCCAGCGACGCCGACGGCACGCCCUUCCAGGUGGGCGACGCCGUCUUCGGCCUGGCCUACGGCGGCGCCUACGCCGAGUACAUCGCCGUGAGCGCCCGCAUGCUGCUGCACAAGCCCGCGUGCCUGACGCACGAGCAGGCCGCCGGCAUCCCCGAGACCUUCAUCACGGCGACGCAGGCCCUGCACGUCGUCGGCAGGUUCGCCAAGGGCGACAGGGUGCUGUGGCACGCCGGCGCGUCGGGCGUGUCCAUCGCCGGGGCGCAGCUUGCGCGGAGGGCCGGCGCCGGAGCCGUCUUCAGCACGGCCGGGUCCGACGACAAGUGUGCCUUCCUGCGGGAGGAGCUGGGCGUCGACGGCGCCUUCAACUACAAGACGCAGGACUGGGUCGACGAGGUGCGCCGCGCCACGGGCGGCCGGGGAGUCGACCUUAUUGUGGACUUUGUCGGCCCCGACUACUUUGCCAAGAACAUGGACGUGGCCGCGCAGGAGGGGAGGAUCGUGUGUCUGGGUCUGCUCAGCGGCACCGUCGUCAAGGAGGUCAACGUCGCCCAGCUGCUGUACAAGCGGCUCCGCAUCGAGGGGAGCACCCUCCGGGCCCGCGAUGAGGAGUACCAAGGGAUGCUGCGCGACAAAUUGGAGGAGUGUCUGCCGCAGUUUGAGACUGGUGAGCUCAAGGUGUUUGUGGACAAGGUGUUCCCGUGGGAGCAGAUCCAGGAAGCACACGAGCUGCUGGAAAAGAAUGUGACCAGGGGUAAAAUAAUCUGUACUAUUUCUUAA